UUGUGAGACUGACUAUAUAUCCGCAGAAAGUACACAAGCAUCUACAAGUAGUGAAGUUCUGGAUGUACUGAGCACACCCAAAUCAUCUAACAAAGUUGUAUGCGAUUUAGACGAAAUUUACGCCACGUUGCUGUUCGACGAAAUAAAUUCCGAAGUGUUUGAAUACGAUCUCAUGGAAGAUAUAGUAGAAACUAAUGUAGAUGACAUUAUUCAUGACGACAUUGAGGAGAACAUCACAUUGAAGGAAAUACUAUCGAAUCUUGCAGAAGCAACGUCCUAUGAUCAAAUUUCAAUCUUCACUUCAACUUAA